AUGCAACCGAAUCCUGCCAAAAAGAUGUCGCCAGCUAGCGUCAAUGUUACUAUGAGCAGCACAAACAAUGACGAUGAUGCCGAGACUGGCCGAAUCAAUCCCUACCUCUGGGUUUUGGACUGUCUGAUCUCGGCCAUCACAAAGGCGGCGUACAGAGGACCCGAGCGGUCCAAAUUAAUGCUGAAGAAAUGCAUGAUGCGUUGGCUUAAGGCCAACCUGAGCAAGCUCCACAAGAAAUAUAGAAGAUGCAACACAGCCAUUAAAGAGGAGGCGAAGACACCCAGAAGAUCUUCAGAGCGGGAAAACCCGCCUGCCUUAAAGGUAGCCGCUGAAAAUCUACACUUUGCAAUGCCCCAGAGGGUUCCAAAGUUCAUUCCGCACUAUACGUAUGCAGCCAAUGGGCCAGAGGCAGACCGCCAGUCAGUCACCUUGCCAAAGUCGGAUACGUCUCCCGGACCUGUUACAAAACGCGCUGUUUACGGUUUCGCUACCUAUAUAAUUGCUUGGGCCCUUUUUGGAAGUUACAUUAUUUGGGCGUAUGUUCCCCAUGAAUAUCUCGUUCUUAUUGGUCUGACUUAUUUGCCGUCAAGAGUCUGGGCUAUUAUUGUGCCAUGGGGUCUGAUAGCCCUCCUCUUCGGCGGUGUCGGUAUAUACCUGUACUUUAACGGACGCCUGGUGUUACCACAGUCUUCCAUCCACUUGCUCUAUGGUGAGGGCUCCCGCAAAAUUCUUGCCCCGCAUGACACCAACUCAGAGCUUCCCUUUGUCUUCACUCACGACUACGACGACCCAGAAUUUCAGGAGCGACAACGGAUUCUCGCGUACACGCCGCAGUCUGUAGUCCUGGCGCCCACGCUGGACGUUAGUCUGGACUGGGUCAACAGGCAACUCUACCUCUCAGAUAAUAAUAAGAGGAAAAGGACACCUCUCUAA